CGGACUCCGUCCUGUCUGCGCCUGCGCGGAGAGUUGCUGCAGACUGAAAUCAUGGCGGCGCUCAGGGCCGGGUUACUGGCUUCGUUGACCCGGAGGGCUGCCCUGGCAUCUCUGGCAGGACGGGGGGCCGGUGCAGGGCGCCUCCUGCAGUGCUCUAGUGUCCGGGCAGCAUCUGACCUUCCAAAAGAUCUUCUACCUGGACCCUAUCCCAAGACUGAAGCAGAAAGAGCGGCUGCAGCCAAGAAGUAUAACAUGUUAUUAGAGGACUACAAACCUUACCCGGAUGAUGGCAUGGGAUAUGGUGACUAUCCAAUGCUGCCUGACAAAUCACAGGAAGAAAGAGACCCCUGGUACACAUGGGACUAUGCUGUCUCUAGGAGAAAUUGGGGAGAGACCCUGCACUGGGACUUUGACAAGUUCAUCCGUGUCAGAGUUGAUACAUCCCCUACCCCUACCCCAUUUAAUACCAUGUGUAAAGUUUUGGUUGCAUUCCUUGGCACAAUGUUUGCCAUGUUCUACCUUGGACAUGUCUUUCCAUCAUAUUCACCUGUGGCUCCCAAGCAAUAUCCUUAUGACAACCUCUACUUGGAAUAUGGCGGCGAUCCUGAUAAGGCACCUCCAGAACAGAAAAACUACAUAUUCAAAUAGAGGGAAAUAAAUGUUUUACUGCUGAACUACCACUGUCCUUUAUCUAAUAAAGUGGUGUCCUAAACAAAUAUUUAUUUAA